CUUACCACCACAUACCAACUAAACUCUCUCGAACUCAACUCACGAUCAUUAAAAUUUCCCACGUCUUUCUUAAGAUGGUUUUCCGUAGUACCUCGCGCAAACCGUGUCCUUCUCCUCAAACUAGUGUAUGGUCGAGAAACAUUGCAAACAUCAGUCUUCUGCUUUAACUUGCAAGGGUUUGAAUCGGUUUCAAGGGUCCCACGGAUUUGCGUGUUCUGACGAUCACUUAUCACUUAAGGUGCUCUCCGCCUAAUUGCCGUGGGGAAUGUUGAAAUUCAUUGCAACCAUAUCACGUCGGUGAACUAACAGAGCUUCGACCAAGCACCCCAGCGACAGCACGCAAACAGCCAAGAUCAUACAGAUAUAGGAUACAGUAGCGCCGAUUAAAUACAUGCACAAAACCUCGGACCAAUGGCGCCGGUAGGAGGAGUCCAGGAACUGGAUGAUUUCGGUCUGCCCAUCAGGAAAUAUGUAAGCCCCAAAGAGGGGGAACAAGAUGACGGUAAAACCACGUCAAUUAAUAAGACGAAUGGGACAGCGAAAGAUUCUGGUACUCCAACGAAGGAGACAGAAAAGUUGUCAGAAUCGUCACAAAGUUCAAAUCAUGUAUCGAAAUCAGAAAUAGUAAAAGGGUCAGAGAAAGAGGAGGUAAAUGUCAAGUUAAAACCUCGCACGAAAUCAAACGGAACUUCCGCCGCCAAUAGCGACGACGAAGACUUUCAAGAUGCGCCCUCUACGCCGCAGCCAGAGCUAGAAUCGGAACCAAAGCCACAACCAAAGACAGAACCAGAACCAGAAUCAAUCCCAGAGCCAAAAUCGGGGCCAAAUACCCAACCCGGGCCACAAAUUGUUCAAGAUGUCGACGAAGCAAAGACUCCUCUACCUACUCAAUCCGAAUUCAAGAAAGAGACGAUAGAGGCGAAAGAGGUUGUUGAGACGAAAGAAGCGAAAGAGACAACUCCACCAUCCAAAGAGGAUAAGAAAGAAGGAUCCGACUCCUACGAGAACGUCGAUCUACCACAACCUACAUCCAAACGCAAGAAUACCUUGAGCAAGGACGUACAGGCAAUUUCGGGGCCGUCGAUAAAGCAGAUUGAAGCCAAAAAACAUGCCGACGAAGCUACUAAAGCUUCGCAUGUUGCCCAUAGUCGGGAUGUUAGCCUGGCGAGCACGAAUCACGACGUCUCGGAGUUUUCCCACCAGCAGUUAACAGGGCAUCAUGAAGAGAAAAAAGAUGACGACGAUGACGAGUGGCAGGCCAUGCCAGCCUAUGCACCGUACGAUAUAUAUGAUGACGAUAAUAAAUUAAUAGCCAAAGAACAUAACCCUGACGAGGAUGAUAAUUAUGGGUAUGGUAGCCUCGGCGGCGCUGGAAGGGGUUAUACAAGGGUUCUGGAUGACGAAGACGCAGAGUCAGAAACCAGUAUGGACGACAAUACACGAUACCUGUUCAAAGACCUCAAGAGCACGAGUAUGACGGAAAUGGACGAGGAACAACGAGAUGCCGUUUCCCAGCUGCAAGCUACGAAAGAUUUAUUAACAGAAGGGCAGAGGAUAGCAUACGUUGGGGUCACCCGUCUAGAACUCUCCGAGAUGAUCAAGGAAGCAGAAAACCUUAAUUCGUCGAAGAGAAUAAAGAAGGAUGUUCAGAUGGCAGCCGAAGCACUGAAGAUGUGGUCUCAGAAAAUCAUGGUUCGGCUCUACGCCCACAUGGAAAUAAGCCCCGCGGAACAAGUAAUGAUCGAGCAGUUGGCCGAUCACGGUGUUAUACCCAAAGAUCUAACGCCGGCCCUUAUGCAGAACUCGAGGGUUAAAAAUCCGAUGGCAGAGGAAUCGACGCCGUCUUCAACACCAACAUUUUCGUUAAAGAGCCCUCGGUCGUCUAUUUCGACGUCUCCUGGGAGAGAGAAAUCCGCAGAGCCGCCACCACCCUAUGAGAGCCAUGAAGGUGAAGAAAUGCCAGAAGUGAGGACGCCCUCACAAUUGCCGAGUAGUGACAAGAUUGAUAUCGAUUUGCGGUGGACUGUCCUUUGCGAUCUCUUCCUCGUGCUAAUUGCUGAUUCAAUUUACGAUGCUCGAUCUCGUGUGUUAUUAGAAAGAGUGGGACACAAUUUGGAUGUGCCUUGGAUAGAUAUCUGCAGAUUUGAGAAGCGUGUUACUGAUGCUUUAGAAAUGCAACAACAAGCAGAGAAAGAAAACUGGAACGAGGAUGAACAUCUCGAGAACAGGAGGAAACUCGCUCAAAAGAGACGAUACGUCAUGAUGGGUUUGGCUACCGUCGGAGGUGGUUUAGUCAUCGGUCUAUCUGCCGGACUCCUAGCACCCCUCAUUGGUGCUGGUCUUGCUGCGGGCUUUACGACGAUUGGAGUUGGCGGUACGAGCUCGUUCUUAGCUGGUGCUGGAGGAGCAGCUAUCAUCACUUCUGGCGCCGCCGCUUCUGGUAGUUUCAUGGGUGGUAAAGCUGCAGGUCGACGAACCGGUGCUGUGAAAACCUUCGAAUAUCGCCCGCUACACAACAACAAACGUGUUAAUCUAAUUGUGACCAUUUCUGGAUGGAUGACGAGCACAAAUGAUGACGUCCGUUUGCCUUUCAGUACUAUCGACCCGGUAAUGGGCGAUAUUUACUCAAUUUUAUGGGAGCCAGAGAUGUUAACCAGCAUGGGUGACACCAUCAACAUUCUGGCGACCGAAGCUCUUACUCAAGGAUUACAACAAGUUCUUGGCAGUACUAUCUUGAUCAGUCUAAUGGCAGCCCUUCAGUUACCUGUGGUCUUAUCCAAACUAGCAUACUUGAUCGACAACCCCUGGGCCGUAUCCCUAGACCGCGCAUGGGCUUCUGGCCUUAUUCUAGCCGACUCAUUGAUUGACAGGAAUUUGGGUACUCGACCUAUCACCUUGGUCGGUUAUUCCCUCGGGUCGCGCGUUAUCUUUUCCUGCCUUCUAGAAUUGGCUCGAAAGGGUGCUUAUGGGCUAGUCCAGAAUGUCUACAUUUUUGGAUCGCCUAUCGUUGUCAAGAAGGAGGAAUUCGUCAAAGUCCGUACCGUCGUAGCCGGUAGGUUCGUAAAUGGAUACAACAGGGCGGAUUGGAUUCUGGGCUACCUCUUCCGUCUAACCAACGGUGGAAUUCGCCGCGUUGCGGGUCUAGCGACUGUAGAUGAUAUACCAGGUGUGGAAAAUUUCGACUGCACGGAUUUUGUUGUCGGCCACAUGGAAUAUCGUACGGCGAUGCCUAGACUCCUUAGAGAGUGUGGUUGGCUCGUUGAGAGCGACGACUUUGGCGAGAUCGAGGACCCUGAUCCCGACCGGUAUAGAGAGCGACAGCGCGAGCUCAUCAGUGAGAUCGAAGAAGCUCGCAAGGAAUUAGAAAAGGAAGAACCAACGAAAAAGGGUGGAUGGGGUAUCUUCGGCCGCAAGAAGAAGGGCUCGCGUCAAGAAUGGGAGGUUUACGAAGAUACCAAGAGAGACGGAGAUGUGCCGUCUAAAACGGAAGAUAAGGAGGGCAAUAAUCACGGCGUCCUAUUCGACGUCGAUGCCAUCCGAGCUGAGCUCGCGAAAGAGGAAGAGCUCGAGGUAAAGGAGUUGAAAUCUACACUGCCGCCCAUGAAGCUCGAGUUCUCCCCACCACCGCCCUCGAUCUCGUCGUCUGCUAGCCCCAGGGAUGCCUUCCAUAAGACGAAGAGCACGGGGGAUAUCUACGGGUACGGAAACAGGAGCUCCUCUUUCGAGUAUAGAGUAUCCCAAGAACGUACACCGACAAAGAGCGUCGGAUUCGGUAUCCCCCCACCCCUGGAAGAGAACGAGAUUCAAAUGACCUUCGACACGUCUUACGUGGAAUCACAUCGCGAUGUACCGCCACCUCCACCAGCAAAGGAUUUCGCCCCUUCGCCGUCGCCGUCCGCGCUCUCGAGGCCAGAGAUCAAGAGUUCGCAGACGACGCCGAAUAUUGCGUUGAAAGACCCCUGGGCGGAUGACGACGACGAGGAGUUUGGGAAGGAGAAGGAGAUGACUAUGACUUUUGCUUAAAUAAAUACUUGGCUUUUAGGUAGCGGAGUAGUUUGAGAGAUGAGGAGGAGUAGAAGCGAAAGCGAAGAUGGGAGUAGAGGUGGGAGGUAGCGGGAAGAGCGGUAUAAUAUGGUUAGCUAGGUAUGGAUGUGCUGUAUGAUAGGCACUUGUAAUGUACUUAACCUGAGGCACCUAGUCUAAUGGGUAGAGAUCAAAUACUUGAAUGGUAUCCAAUGUUAUAAACUGA